ACCGAAGCGGAGCCGCAGCGGAGCUCGGACCGUGUGCUCGUCACCACGGGACCGAGCUGAGAGGAGAACCGGGGGAACACGACUCUAACCGGAGCAGCGCGGCCCCGGUUCUUUUUGUUGUUGUUUUGGGAAACCGACCGACGGAGGCGGCGUAGGCCCAAACCCGAACAAAACACACUGUAGCCGGCCACUGGCUCUGCCCGGUAGCCGGUCUACCUAACUGCUGAAGACACAGUUUACCGGCUCGACGGGCCACGUUAAAGCCGUUUAUAAAAGCUCAUGUGGCGGCCUUCUUACGGUGCUUUUAGCCGAGCAGCUAGCCCGGUAGCGAGCGUUAGCUCGCUUGCUAACGUACGCGUGUAUUCCCGUUGAAGCAGGCGUUAGCUUACGCGUUAGCCUACGCUAGCUAGCGGUAGCUCCCGACACAUUUGGAGCUAACGCGGUAACUGCAGCGAAUAACUAAUAUUUGAUCUCAGUCUCACGAAGAGGACGUGACGCGGGUCGAGUCAGUUUAUUGGAGUUGAACAAAACAAGCAGGAAACAUUGAGUUAUGAUGAACGUCCGUCAGAUUAUAGCAGCUUUAUUAGCUCAUGCUGCUAACAUUAGCUGCCUGCGCCUUUAACGGAUAUUUGAAACAAGAAGAAGAAGUUCUCUGUGUUAACGGCCGCUGGUCCCCGGUGGAAGGUUCCGGAGAACUCAUCCUGUGAACCGCAGGGUUUAAAUACACUUAACGCACGAGUGAGACACGGUAUUAGCCCGUUAGCUUCAUUAGCAACUGUUUACUGGCUGGAGAUUGCGGGUGUUUUGUUAACCUACUUUCCACCAACACAGUCAAACCAGUGAAAUCAGAGCAGACACGUCUGAGCUUCACAUCUGUCAAUGACCGCUGAUAAAACCAGAGUCAGAGCUGCACUGAAAACUUACUGAUCUAAAGCUGCUGUGAGUUCAUAUCCUAGAUCUGUGUUUCAGUCUCUGCUGACAGAAUCCUCUGCAGACACUGGUGACACGAGGUAUGUUUGGUGCUAACCGGAAGAAGUUUAUGGAGGGGGGGGUGGAGAACGACUACGCGGACGACUCAAGCCUCUAUUACAGCCAGCAGUCCAUGUUCCCUCCUCACCGCCCGGAUAAAGAUAUGCUGGUGUCUUCCUCUGCUUCCUCAACGGGUCAACUGUCACAGCUGGGAGCCAGUUUAUAUGGUCCGCAGAGUGCGUUGGGGUUUCCCAUGCGUGGUAUGAACAGCAGCGCAGCACCUCAGUUAAGUCGAAGUGGUCUGAACCAGUCUGCCAGCCAGCUCUCCAGUCAUGCCAGUACACCCAACACUGGAACAAUGCACACGCCUCCAUCACCGAGCAGGGGGAUCCUGCCCAUGAGCAGCCGGAGUGUUCUGAACCACAGCCAGCAGGUGGGGGGUCCCACGGGUCAAGCAGGAGGGAUGGGUGGUGGCGGUGGAGACAGGGGAGGUGGCGGCGGAGGAGGGAGGAGCGGCAGCAUGGGGAGUCCAAGCCGGUCGUCGCCCAGCAUCAUCGGCAUGCCCAAACAGCAGCAAGCACGGCAGCCUUUCACUAUAAACAGUAUGUCAGGGUUUGGGGUGAACAGAAAUCCCGGCUUCAACUUAAACAACUCAUUAUCCAACAACAUCUUCAAUGGAACAGACGGCAGUGAGAAUGUGACGGGGCUGGACCUGUCAGAUUUCCCGGUGUUAGCAGAGAGGAGUCGGAGGGACGGAGGUUCGAAUCCCACCCCACUGCUCAACCCGCUGGCCGGUCGGGCUCCUUACGGUGGGAUUGGCAUGGUAACCAAGCCGUCCAGUGAGCAGUCGCAAGACUUCUCCAUCCAUAACGAAGAUUUCCCAGCUCUCCCUGGGCCCAACUACCAAACAAAAGACCCCACCAGCACCAACGAAGACAGCAAAACGAAUCUGAACUUGUCAGGAAAGUCCACCUCUAACUCAGAUGGUCCAAAGUUCCCUGGUGACAAGAGCUCUGCGCCUAGCAACAACAACCAGCAGAAGAAAGGGAUUCAGGUUCUUCCUGACGGGCGCGUGACCAACAUCCCGGUCGGCAUGGUAACAGACCAGUUUGGAAUGAUUGGCUUGCUGACAUUCAUCCGGGCGGCAGAGACGGACCCUGGCAUGGUCCACCUGGCGCUGGGCUCAGACCUCACCACGCUGGGCCUCAACCUCAACUCACCCGAGAAUCUCUACCCUAAGUUUGCGUCUCCCUGGGCGUCGGCUCCUUGUCGACCGCAGGAUAUAGACUUCCACGUCCCGUCGGAGUAUUUAACCAACAUACACAUAAGGGACAAGUUAGCAGCUAUCAAGUUGUCUCGAUAUGGUGAAGAUCUGCUGUUUUAUCUCUACUAUAUGAACGGUGGAGACCUACUACAACUACUGGCUGCAGUAGAACUCUUUAACAGGGACUGGCGGUAUCACAAAGAGGAGCGGGUUUGGAUCACCCGGGCUCCGGGGAUGGAGCCCACGCUGAAGACCAACGCCUACGAGAGAGGGACCUACUACUUCUUCGACUGCAUCAACUGGAGAAAAGUGGCCAAGGAGUUUCAUCUGGAGUACGAUAAACUAGAAGAGCGGCCUCACGUUCCCUCCACAUUCAACUACAAUCCUGCCCAGCAGGCCUUCUGAUUGGCUCUCCCUCCUCCUGCCUGCCUGCCAUUGGCCCUCCUGGCUCCUCCAUCACCACCCGUCUAGGUUUUAUUCCACCUCCACACACAUUUAAAGUGAAUCUGGCCGUUAAGGAGUCGGGACAGGAGAGGACGUCCUGUCUCUUGACCUCUUAAGACUUUAUCAUUUUAACUUUACAGAUUUUUUCUUUGUUCUUUACCUCAUUUUAUUUUGUUUUUAACUUUAUUUCCCACCCUCCCUCCAUGGGUUUGGUUCUGUUUUGUGGAGCACAGACUUAAUGUCAACAGACAGCACAGUACAACAAUCACAGACACGAGUGCUGUAAAUAACUGUCCAUCUGAUCGAGUGAUUCUCGUUUCUACUCCGUCUUUCAGAAUCUACUAUUUUUUUGUCAAGAGAAGCUUUUAAGAAGAAGCAGAUUUUAACACAGAACACAGGAUUCGAUCACAAACGUCAGGAUGGAUAAUUAUUUCAGUCUGUGUCUGAAGAACUAAAGAUAUUUAUCAGUUUUUCUUUAUUUUUACCAGGUUUCUCCAACAUUACACAUCAGAGCACACACAUCAGCAAACAGUGGACAGUCAGGAGAGGAAAUGCAAUGUACAUUGUAGCACUAUUUCAUAAUAAAAGGAGAAAAAACA